AUGCUGGGCAUAGAGCCGUCUCAAGGACCUUCAAGUGCACAGGCCAGGGAGCCGGAUGGCCCUGUUUGCGCGCCUUGUGAGGUUCUUGGCUUUUGCCAUUAUGUGACCCGGAGACAUCCGGAGAACGUCUGCCUUCAAAGGCUCCCAAAGUCAGCUCUCGAGGACUGGAAGGCCCGGUCCUCCGCCUCUGGCCACAAGGCCAUCAAGAGAUUCGACGAAAGGUUUGAAGAAAGUGAGACAGCAAACUGCAGAGACCUCUCAAGCUUCGAAGGAACAGAGAAAAAGGUGCCCAAGGGACAGCGGGAGCAGAAGCAAGCACAGGCCCCACACUCCCCAAACUCCCUGCGAGCCGAACUUUCCGAGCGCAACGCAGGAAACCUUAGGCUUCAUCUCCGCUCAGGGGAAUCCAAAAAGCCCUACAUUCAACCCCAAGUCCGUCCAGCCAACAGAAAAGCAGGAGAGCUCGGACAGCUCCGAUUGCAAGAAUGUGCUCUCCUCAUAUGGCCAAAGCAUCCCAAAGGGGUGUGUCCAGCUCCAGAUGUUGCUCUAAAACUUCGGGGUUCGGAAGGCCAUCGAAAGCCUCAGGCUGACGGAGGCACUGACGAAACGGUUCCUGAACUCUUUUUCAAUUUCAGCCCACGAAUCCACACGAAGUCUCAAACGUGA